AAAACUGCGUAUUAUUCGAAUUUGAGGCACGCUUUAAGGUACAUGUACACAUUGUGACAAUGUUUCGGUCCUUAUCCUUCUUCACCAUCCUUGUAUUUUAUUUCGUCGCCAAAGCUUGUUGUGACGAUCCCGAAGUUUAUAUGAACGCAACCAGUCUUAUAGUUUAUAACGGAUUCCCCGCGGAAAAUCACUACGUAGAAACAAAGGAUGGAUUCAUACUGAAUAUCCAGCGAAUCCCGCACGGUCGGUUUGCAACAAAAGCAACAAAGGGUGUUGUGGUGGUCCAACACGGACUGACAGGGGCGUCCGACGACUUCCUAAUCAAUCUGAUUCCCGGAAGUCUAGGCUUCGUGCUGGCAGACGCCGGAUAUGACGUCUGGCUGUCCAACAGCAGGGGCAACGUCUACUCAAUGACACACAAAAAGUACAACCCCUCGCAAGACGAGUUUUGGGAUUGGAGUUGGCAGGAAAUGGCGGAAUACGACCUUCCCGCCGUUAUCCACUACGUCCUCAAUACAACCAACGCGACAACAGUCUACUACAUCGGUCACUCCCAGGGGACGAUGAUCGCUAACGCCCAGUUCAGCGUGGACAAAGACCUAGCCUCCAAAAUCAAACUGUUCAUAUCCAUGGCCCCGAUCGCCAAAGUCACGCACGUUAAAGGGCUCCUUGGAUUCAUCAACCCGUACGUUACACAGAAAGAAGCAGAACUGGUGCUAGGAAAGAAAGCCUUCGAUCAAAACUCCACCCUGACAAAAUGGUACGCCGACACGUUCUGUACCUUUCUGCCUGCACAGUAUAUAUGUAACGGACUAUCCUCCAUUGUCAUGGGCUGGGACAGAACAAAUCUCAACUGGACAAGAAUCCCCGUUUUCACGGCUCAUUCAAAUGAAGGGGCAUCUGCCAAAGACAUCAUCCAUUUCCUACAAGGUAUCAAAGCUGAUAAAUUUCAGAAAUACGACUAUGGACCUGAUGGUAACAUGAAACGCUAUAACCAGACGACGCCUCCAGAAUAUCACCCACAAAACAUGGCGGUCCCAGUGGCCAUGUUCUAUGGGGAUAACGAUUUCUUGGCAGACAGAACAGACGUGCAAUAUCUACUGGACAAUUUACCUAACAUUGUUUAUCAGAGGGAGCUCCCAAACUGGAAUCAUGUGGACUUUAUCAUUGGAAAAGACGCCCAUCAACUUCUAUACACAGACAUUUUAAAUCUUAUGUCGAAAUACCAGUGAUUAUUAAAACUUCAAGCUUUAUUGUGCCACAAUAUGUGA